UUUUUUAUAAUAUGCUGAUUGUUGCAGGUCUUCCUCAGUCAUGAGCCUCCUUCACUCCAUCUAUGAAGCCGGUGUGCGUGGGCUACUUGAAAUGUUAGAUUCUGAAGCUCUACUCGCUCUGGCUCGGACAUCCACAAACAACCGCAUUUUGCCUCUUAAUUCUAGUGAGGCCAUAGAAAUUAUUCUCCUGCACACUCCAGACUUGGGACGUUUCUUUUCCUACCGUCGCUUGUCUGCACAAACACUGUUUCUGUAUCUCCACAAGUAUCAAGUACCAUCGAUGGGUUUUGCCAAUAAAAAUCAAAUGAUCAUGGCUGUGAAGGACUUAUGGGAAAAGCAGUGUGGCAGAAAAGCUGUGUCAAAGCCUACAACUUUAAAACGAAGGGCAUCUUCAGAUCCUGAAAUUGAAAGUCCCAAAGGUAGAAAAGGCAAUGUCUCUAGUGGUAGACUUAGAGUAGCUAGCACAAACACUGAUAAAACUGAAGAUAUCACAUCUACUGAUAGAAAUAAAUCUAUACACAGUCCUUCAAGCACCAAUGCAGUUAGAUCACUAAAUCGUACUGUUUCAGGCACUCAAGUAGAAAAAAAUAUUGCUAAUGACGAUACUGAAUCUGAAUUUGAUGUCACACCUUUUGCUCAGCCAAUAGUGAGUGUCAUUAGGAGUGAUGACUUCACCAGAGAUUUCUGCGAAUGGUAUUUUAAUAUGGUGAAUCGCUUACAGCCAGUGUGUGCACACCACAUUGGUGACACCUUUCGGGAAGACAUCUUUUACAGCAAUAGCUUUGCAGAUAUUUAUUUUAUUGGACAUUCAUGUGGUGAGAAACAUGCCCAGGGUAGAGAUAACACUUAUGCACUUUUAAGAGAAACUUUCAUGGCAUAUAGUCUUCUCUUCAGUCCAAAUUUGGAAAAUGGAACACAAGCUUUCAAGUCAGAUCAUGGACUGGUGAAGAUUUGCUGUUGUGGUACAUUACAUCAUAAAAAUGCAUUGGUAGGGAUUUUUGAGCAAGAAUCUGGCUUAGUGUGCAGUCCAGUGGACCGAGCCUGGAAGAUAAUGUACAUCAAGAUCAAUUUAAAACAGUCAAAUACACUUUGUGAGCGUCCAAGUCUUCCUCCUUGCCAGCUGUUUGAAAUAGAAACAUAAUGGGAUUACUUUUGGACAAAAGCUGUAACUCUUUAAGUGAAAGAGGAAAAAUGGCUGUGAUUGUACUUUUUAGUUAUUGUUUUGCCAUUCAUAAUUACUUUUCAUAAAUGUACAUUCGCUUUAUGUGGCCAUUUUUGGUAUAUGUACUUAUGUAUUUCAUUGCCUGAGACAGUGUGAAAGAUGUAGUGAAGGAAAAGGAAGGUGUGUGUGUGAGUUAGUGUAUAUAAUUGCCUUUUUAUAGUUAAAAGGGUAGAGCAAUGUUCAUGGUAUCUUGGUUUCUAUAAUUAAUUUGUCAUAUAAAACUUUAAAGUUUCUAGUAGUUGUAACACACUGCCUUGCCUUGGAAGUCAUUGCAGCUGUCUACCACUAUUUAAGAAAUAUUUUUUCUUUAGUGUCUGUCCUCAUAACUUUUUUUUUUCAUAAUCUAAAAUUAUGUCCCCAUUAUUAGUAUAUUUCAAGAAAUUAAGAAAUUGUGUGUGUCUGUAUUUGCAAAGGCAGUCACCUGCACACUUUAAGAUCUUAUGUGAUAUUAUGUGACUUGUAUAUGUACUUGUAGGAAAUGAACUUCAGUUCCUAGUCGCUACCCCUUGACCAUUAAUUGGUUGCUGUGAUUACUCCCUGUAUUGUAUUUAUCAAUUUAGCCUUUGUGUCUGAUGUCCUGUUUAUGUGAGCCUCUGGUGAUAGGCUCAUUGUGAUGCCCAACUGCUGGGAGCCACUUGUUAAACCUCUGGUUAUAGGCUCAGUAUGAUGCCCAACUGCUGGGAACCACUUGUUUAACCUCUGGUUAUCGGCUCAGUUGAUGCCCAGCUGCUGGAAGCCAUUUGUUAAAUCACUCCUGCAGUUUGUUCAUUAUUUUUACUGAAUGUGGGAGUGCCUAGUAUUUGUAGAAGUUGAGCUCCAGUUAUUGGGCCCUAUCUUUGCUCAGCAAUUAUUUGGUAUGGCUUACUCUUCACCAUCUUCAGGUUUUCCUUGUGUUAUUACCUGUUUAAAUUUGUGGGAGGAUGAACUUCAGCUCCUGGUCUCCUCCCUAUUAAUUUUAGACCAACUGGUAUGAAAUUGGCUUGUCAUAUCUGCUUUUGAACUUUUGUUUGGACUAUUUUUUAGGUAAUCUCAUAUCUUGACUGCUUUGUUGAAAUAUUUUUUAAUAUCAUAAUAACUCAUUUGGGUGUGUAAUUUACAACCAUGCCACAUUAUAUCUAGUUUAUCCUCGGUGAAGAACUUAGCCUUGUCUAUCAUGUCAGCAGCUUUGAGUAUUUUGAAUGUGCCAAAGACACACUUGGAGAACUGUCAAUAUUUUUGGUUCAAAAUUCUUGAAUGGUUUACCAGCAGAGGUAAAUAUUGAAGGACUAAAGGUAAAUUUCUUCUAGAGGAAACUGGACCACUACCUGCUACAAGUGCCUUAUCAACCAGGUUGUAAUUGUUACAUAGGAAUAUGGUUAGCUAUAGCAUCAGCCUGAUUGACUAGUCAAAAACAAGAAAUUUGAUCUCAGGCCAUGCUACAUGGUAUGUGACCAUUGUACAGCACUGCUUUCUCAAGAAUAUGGUACACUGUCUGGUCUCCUUUGCACCUCUCAUUAUUUUACAUUUUUGAUCCAAGGAAUUUGAAUUACCCUUUCCUUUCUUGGAUCAAACCUGACCACCUUCCAUUUCCCAUAUGACCCUUAUGGGUUUAAUGCAUUCCCAUGAAUGUUCUAAUAAUAAUUAAUUAAGAUUUACUUGGAUUGAAUUUGAUUGACCACUUUCCUGAGCAUUCCUGUACCAGUCAAUGUAAUCUUACUAUAAUCUGUAAUCUGAUGUUGGGGCUCUUCUCAUAAGCUUGGGCAUGGUAUCAUAGACUUUCACAGACAAGGAAAAUGCAGUCUGCACAACCUUUUCUUGUUUUUUUUUAUUCAGGUUAGUGAAGCAGGUCUUAACAUUCCUGAAGGCUUGUUGCUGUUGAGAGACGAAUCAUAUUUCCUCAAGUUGUUCUCUUAGUGUCUUUUCUUGUCUUCUCCCAUUACUUUGCAAGGAAUGAGAGCCAGCAGUAUUGAUCUGUAGUUUAGUGCCAUCCUGCUGUUGCCAUUUUUUAAUGUUGAAAUUGCAUUUGUUGUCUUCUGGAUGUCUGGUAAUCUGCCUGUUUAUAUUGAUUCUUUCAGGAUAUGUGCAAGUGGUUUACUAUAAGCAGCAGGUGCUUCUGUGUCCAUGGUGACAUGUUGUCAAGGCCCUGUACUUUGUGGCUGUAUUUGUCUCUCUCUUUCUCACACUGACUGUUGGUGUAUUUUCUAUCUAUCCACACUGUAUAGGUAUGUGGUAACAGAUACAUAUUAGGGUGAGUUAGAAAAGUUAAUAAGGCAAAUGGUGGCAGAGGAAGAUGGUUUCUUGUAUUGGUGAUAUAUAUAAAGAAGUGAAAUAAUGAAAAAUAUUAACAUAAGAUCAUAUAUAAAAAUUAUAUGAUGCAGGAAGUAGAUUAUAAUAAGAGUGGUGGUGGAGGGUAGUAACAAAAAUAAAAAUAUCUAUGUAACAAAAUUCAAUAUUGUAUUGCAAAUAUAUUUCAUGUGUCAUUUCUUAUAAAAAUAUAUCUUGCCAUUUCUUAUAAAUAUAUAUCUUGUUCUCCAUGGGGAAGUGGAACAAAAUUCUUCCUCAGUAAUCCAUGCGUGUCGUAAGAGGCGACUAAAAUGCCGGAAGCAAGGGGCUAGUAACCCCUUCUCCUGUAUAUAUUACUAAAUGUAAAAGGAGAAAUUUUCGUUUUUCCUUUUGGGCCACCCCGCCUCGGUGGGAUAUGGCUGGUGUGUUGAAAGAAAGAAAGAUAUAUCUUGUGUAGAAUCUUAGCCCUAGAAGAAAAUGGCUUUCCAUGAUGAAUAAUGAUAUAGUGGUACCCCGAGUUUCGUACAGCUCCCAACUCGAACAGUUAUGUAAGUGUAUUAUUGUAAGUGCUAUUGUAAGUGCUUUUGUAAGUGCAUUUUUGGGGGUCUGAAACAGACUAAUCUAUUUUAUAUUAUUCCUUAUGGGAACAAAUUCGUUCAGUAAUGGCACUCGAACAUUCUUCUGGAACGAAUUAUGGCCAAAACUCGGAGUACCACUGUAUAAUCAAAGGAGGUGCUGAACUCUCCAUAAUGUAUAGCUACAGACAUCAGUAAGCUAGUUGCUAUAAUUGUCUAAAGAGUAAUAGCUCAUGAAGGUGUUUAAAAUUUAAUAUUUAUAAUCUUGCUACAUAUUAAGAAUGUGACUAGAGAAUAAAAGUGAUUGCUUACAUAUAUAGCAUGAGUAAAAUUAAAACCUGUUGGUUUAAAUAAAUAAGGUAAUGUACCAAGGAGAUCUGUUUAUCAUUUUACUAAAGUUCAGACAGGUACACUUGUUAAGUUAGAACUGAUUUUACAUAUUAGACUCAGCGUUCUGUUUGCAUCAGUGCAACACCACAAAGAUAUUCUUAUGCAUUAGGGCAAUGUCCAGGUGCCAAAUGUAAAUAUUGUAUUAAUUAGAAAAGUAUGUAAGUGGUAAAUUUAUCAUGUAUACAUAUACUGUACAUUUUAGGAAAGUGUGCAGUGUGAAUGUUAACCUGUUGCAGUACCUGAGGUGUGGGCAUGCAGAACUGUUAUUAAAUUGUAUGUACAGCAAAGUACAAGUGAUAAUAAACAAGAAUUUGUAGCCAAACAGAUAUUAAUGGGCAGUCCUAAAAUAGAAUCUGUUUGUUAAAAUUGUCUUUUUAAUUCACUACAGUAUAAUAUGCAUUUAUAUUUUACAGAAAAAAAUUCUUUAAAUUUUUUAUGGGGUAUACCUAAAGUUUGAGUUACUCAAAGUUAGUUUUAGAGGUCAUUCUGUGGUCUACGUCUAAACCAGGUUUUCUUGUGUGAUAGCCUUAUCAGUGAGGCUGCUGGUGCUAACUUCAUGCAAUCUGACAUAAACAUCACAGCCCAGUUGAUAAGAAACUUAGCAAAAGUAAAGUAACCACCAGUAAUGGUAAUCUUGCUCCUUAAAAUGUGGAGUAAUAUUUGGGGGGAAAUCUUAAUGUAAAGUAUGGGUUCUGCAUAUGCCAAGAUACACAUUAUGCCCUUGUAUGGAAAUACUGUACUUUAUGUUAAAAAAUACAAAAGAAAAAAAAUAACAUUUUGGAUGUCUGAGACAUGGAAAAUGUUAUUUUUGUUAAUCUC